ACCGGGCAGAGGAGUAACUCGCGUUGUUGUGUUUCCCCGUUAAUUAUUCAUAACUUUUUCGUAGCUUUCUCUUCACUUUUGUCGCCCUAUUGUGACGGAAGCGAUAUUUUUCUCAGUAAUCCUAUCCGAAAACGGAACGAUGAUAGGACAACGAGAAAUAAUACCAGGUUUCUUGUUAACUCUUCUCUCAGUCGUCGCAUUAUUUAGCUUAGUCAACGCCGGAGGACACGGUGGAGGACACAGUCAUGUGGUAAUCCACGUGCCGUACAAGAUCAAGAAGAUCCAGCACACGCACACGAUCACGAAACACAUACACCACGGCGGCGGCGGCGGCGGCGACAGUUAUGAGGUACUCGGAUACACCUAUGGUCAUCCUAUUUCCCUUGGGGGUCACGACGGCGGCGGCGACGGUCAUGAUUUUGGAGGUGGUGGCGGUGGUCACGAUUUCGGAGGUGGUGGCGGUGGAGGCCACCUAGAACUAAGCCAUGACGGUGGUUUCGGAGGAGGCGGAGGUGGAUUUGGCGGGGGCGGACUUGGCGGCGGGGACUGGGGAGGACAUUAGAAAUAUCCUCGAGUGAAUUAUUGAUAACUUUCGAGAAACGUUAAAAUUAGUUUUAAAGUAGUCGACAUGAUAACCCUUUGAAACAUAUGGAAUGUUUUUUUAUCCCUGUUUUUCCGCUGAUAACGCUAGUUUUUGUACAUUAUUUCUAUUAUAAGACAAUGUCGUUCAUUUGUUAUAAUAAUGACAUUAUUAAAA